AUGCUGAUUGUCAACGAUGACGAGUUUAACCAGAUAGAAGUCCCCCUUAGGCUCAUCAAAGGCGCCGAAAAGCUCCUCCAAGCUGGCGAUGUUAUUGGUGUUGGCAUGGAUGGAGACCACAUAGUGCAGAUCAGUCUCCCGAGUGCAGUCCUCGACAAGAUACGCUCCAUCGGCAUCAGUGAUACUAAUGCUGAUGAAUGA